AGGCUUACAAUUCAAUAGUAAGGUAAACUACCAUGGCCCCCAGCAGCAAGAAUACGUCGGCCACAAAUGCGCCGCUGGUCACCAAGCGCCAAGAGUCGCGGAAACAGUGGCAGGGAGUAGGCUAUUCCUGCCUGGCAUUUUCACUUGGGUGUUUCGGCUUGAGUCAGUUUUUCCUCCCAACAAUCCUGGACCCGGGGACCAAACCGGAGCAGCAGCGACUUUACAGCAGCCUCGCAGUGGCCUGGUGCGUCUUCGUAUUAAGCCUCAUCCGGAGCUUCAUCUGGCAAUCAGAUAAGGUGGCUGCGCCAGGGCAAGAGCAAGUUGCCUCUGACGGCAAACAGGCAGCGGUAGAGGAAGAGGAGGACUCGAACAAGAAGGGAGCCGCCACGCGGCGGCCGCGGAGAGCGUGAUGCUAGCGGUUGCAAGGACGAGGGCAAAAUUACUGCGAUGUAGGUGGGAGGAGAAACUGGCGCCAGCAAAGAGCCGUGUUGCAGGCCGGCGCGGGAAUGUAUGGUUUGGUGAACUGGUGUGAUGACGGAAUGCGGGUGCUUCUUGGCGCGGUGUGGCUGGGUGGCAUGGAUUGGUAAUGCAUUGUGCUUUACAGCUCAAGGUGCAGGCUGGGCGACAUUUCAGGCCCAGGCCCGGGGAUCGGAGGUGUUAGGAUAGCGGUUGUGGCGAGCGGUAGUGGCCUAGUGGGUCAAACCGCAAUGUAAUGGGGCAUGUCGUGAAGGGGCACCGGUGCGCGGCAGACAAGCGCUGAAAUCGGCUGAUGUGCUGUACCUACUCGCCCUAGCCUAAAUAAAUACCGUGGUAGGCUGUCGGCGCUGCAGGUGCCGUGCGACGCACGUCCCGGUCUACCUCUAAAAUAUAACAGCCUUAUGGCUUAUGAUAACACUCAUGAAUCAUGAGCCCC